ACAGGCUUUAUCGCAUAUGGGCUGUGCCAUUGAACAGCUGUUCAUAUAAAAGUUGGUAUUUUCAGAAUUAUUUUAUUGACAAUACAAAUGUUAAUAUCAUAUGUUGUCUGAGCCACCAGGCUGGUGAAGUGGAGGGACCUUUCCCAUUUAUCUUGACUUCACCUUUUCGUACCGUUUUCAACGUUAUUCAAGAUGGCCCAGUGGUUCCAGCUGCAGCAGCUAGACUCCAAGUACCUGGAGCAGGUGGACCAGCUGUAUGAUGAUACUUUCCCUAUGGAAAUCCGCCAGUACCUCAGUACCUGGAUAGAGAGCCAUGACUGGGACAUGGUGGCCAUCAGCGAUUCUCUUGCAGCGGUCCGUUUCCAUGACCUCCUGGCCCAGUUGGACGUUCAGUACAGCCGCUUCGCCUUGGAGAACAACUUCCUGUUGCAACACAAUAUACGCAAGAUUAAACGCAACCUGCAGGACCACUUCCAGGAAGACCCUUUGCAGAUGGCCAUGAUAAUCUGUAACUGUCUGAAAGAGGAGAAGAAGAUCCUGGCCUCCAUCAUCAAAAAAGAGGAUAAUGUGGGGUCCACACCAAACAACAUGGUGUUGGAGAAACAGAAGGAGCUGGACAACAACGUUAAAGACCUGAGGAACCGAGUUCAGGUUUCAGAGCAUGAGAUUAAGUCACUGGAGGACCUACAGGAUGAACACGACUUCAAGAAGAAGACCCUGCAGAGCCGAGUGGAACAAGAGGUGAAUGGGAUGGCACAGUCACAGGCGGUAUGGAAAGAGAUCCGCGAAGAGGAGAUUGUCAUCAGAAAGAUGUUCAUCAAACUCAACAUAACCAGACAGGUGGUGGUGAAUCAGAUUUCUGACAUCUUGUGCUUGGCCGAGCAGAUCCAGUUCAACCUAGUGACAGUGGAGGUACCUGAGUGGAAGCACAGACAGCAGAUAGCUUGCAUCGGUGGUCCGCCUAACGCCUGUUUGGACCAGCUACAAAUCUGGUUCACUGCUGUAGCAGAGGGCUUACAGCAGGUACGUCAGCAGCUGAAGAUGCUCCAGGAGCUAGAACAGAAGUACACGUACGAGAAUGACCCCGUCACUCAGGGCAAAAGCGCUCUGGAGGAACGCGCUCUCGCCCUGUUCAAGUACCUCAUUGUCAAUUCUAUCGUGGUGGAGAGACAGCCCUGUAUGCCCACUCACCCUCAAAGACCCAUGGUGCUGAAGACUGGGGUGCAGUUCACUGUCAAAAUCAGACUCCUGGUGAAGCUCCAGGAGUUCAACUACCAGCUCAAAGUCAAAGCUGUGUUUGACAAGAACGUCACUGAGAAGAGCACAGUGAGAGGGGUCCGGAAAUUCAACAUCUUGGGAACCAACACUAAGGUUAUGAACAUGGAGGAGUCCAAUGGAAGCUUGGCAGCAGAAUUCAGACACCUGCAACUAAAGGAACAGAAAGUUACAGGCAACAGAUCAAAUGAGGGUCCUCUCAUAGUGACGGAGGAGCUCCACUCUAUUAGCUUUGAGACUCAACUCUGUCAGCCAGGACUCCAGGUCGAACUAGAGACAAUGUCCCUGCCCAUUGUGGUCAUCUCCAACAUUAGCCAGCUGCCCAGUGCCUGGGCCUCUGUCAUGUGGUACAACAUGCUGACCUGUGAGUCCAAGAAUCUGUCGUUCUUCCUGAGCCCUCCUCAGGCCACCUGGAGCCAGUUGUCAAACGUGCUGAGCUGGCAGUUCUCCUCCAUAACCAAGCGAGGCCUCAACGACGAGCAGCUGAGCAUGCUGGGAGACAAGCUCCUGGGUGGAGAAGCAGCCGGAAACCCUAAUGGGCUCAUCCCCUGGACCAAGUUCUGCAAGAAUGUGAAUGAGAAGAGCUUUCCCUUCUGGCUGUGGAUCGAGGGAAUACUGGACCUGAUCAAGAGACACCUGCUGUGUCUGUGGAAUGAUGGGUGUAUCAUGGGCUUUGUUAGUAAGGAGAGAGAGAAGGCCCUGCUGAAGGACAAGGAGCCUGGAACGUUCCUGCUGCGCUUCAGUGAGAGCAGCCGAGAGGGAGCCAUUACCUUCACCUGGGUGGAGGGCUACAAUAAUGAUGUCCAUUUCCACGCGGUGGAGCCCUACACUAAGAAGGAGCUGGCCGCCGUCUCUUUUCCUGACAUCCUCCGCAACUACAAGGUGAUGGCUGCCGAGAACAUCCCUGAGAACCCUCUGCUCUACCUCUACCCCAACAUCCCCAAAGAGAGCGCCUUCACACGCUACUACAGCCGCCCCACAGAAGCUGCUGAGCCAAUGGAGUUGGAGAGUGCCUCUGAGGCUGGCUACAUUAAGACGGAGAUCAUCUCUGUGUCUGAAGUAUGUGCACUCCCUUCCCAAACUAAUCUGCCCUCUUCAGGUGGUGCCCAGGAAAAUUUGUUGAUGUCCAAUUGGUAGUCUUGCCCCAUCGCUGCAACUCCUGUUCGAACUCGGGAGAGGCGAAGGUCAAGAGCCAUGCGUCCGCCGAAACAUGACCCUGCUUCUUGACACAUUCUUAACACAUUGCUCGAUUAACCCAGAAGCCAGCUGCACCAACGUGUUGAAGGAAACCCCACACAACUGGCGACCGCCACAGGAGUCGCUAGAGCGCGAUGGGACAAGGACAUCACGUCCCAACAUUUCUCCAAGUUUCUCCAAGCCCUAGUUAUUUUGUUGCUUUUGACAAAGUCAUUUCUGAAGAUUAUUCUUUAUUUCAUGUGAGUAGUGAUUCAUUUGCAUCAGUCCCUCAUUUUAAGGUCAACCCUGUUACGUAAACUGAGCUCUCGUUUUAAUUUGGUGAAACUAUUCCUUUUGAAAUACUGCUUUCAGAAGAAACAUUGAACAUCUAAUAGUCAAAUCACAGAGUAAACGCAGGAGCGCUGGAUCUACUCUUUUUUUUGUACAUUUUCUGGUGUUUUGUGGUGGAUAACUGUGUAGGUCGAGCGUAACAUGCCAACCCUGUUAGCCAUAGAUAGGCUAGAAGUGUUCUAACAAUGACAUGUUUGGGGUGAAGCUUGCAUGCCACUCCCCGUAGCACACAACAAGCUGUAAUUUCCCCUGUCACAAGGGGAUUUAUGGCUGAUUUAAGAAAUCAUCAACCCUGUUACGGUCAACCCUGAUACUUUAUUUGGCACUGAUAGUUUUGAGAUGGGAAAACAUGUUUAUGAAGUUGAACAUGUGCUCUUUAUGACAGAAUGUGAAAAUUGAACAUUUGGUGAUAUCAAAUGUUUUCUUUGACCAAGUGUGACGGCCCCUCCCUGCUCUGGUUUAUGGGUUUUGCUGUGCUUACUUUCUGCAGGAGAUUGGUGGGUGGAGUAGGAGAGGUGGGCGGAGCUGGGAGGGUCGUCAGUGCCGAUUGGGGCACACCUGUGAAAGCUCAGCUGUGGCAUAAAGCCACUGUUCCCCCCCCCCCCCAUUCAGCAAGAUAUUCCUCUCUCCGUGCAUACCUUUUGGUUGUGUUGUUGUGGCUUUGGCAGUUGACAUCAUCUGAUUAUUUUUGUGAGUGUUUAUUUAUGGUAUAAAUUAAUUUUGUUAUUCAUUUACUCAGUGUGAGGUUUCCCAUUGUUUGUUACAAUCUUGAGCCAGGUUGUAACAAGUUAUACAGAAUUUGUGGAAUGACCCUUAUAUGGAAAGUACUUCUAAACUGUACUCACGACUGCCUGGACUUCAUUGUUUCAAUUCAUUAAAAAUAAGAGCUCUCUCACAUGCCUGAAAAGC